GCAGAAUCCAUGUCUACCAAGCUGUGCAGAGCAGCCUAAAAAGUUUGGACAACUCAGAGUCAACAACAAUGAAGGCUUUUGUGCUGCUGCUGGCGCUGGUCGCUUACUCCUCGGCUUUACCUCUGCAGAAUGGGGACAGAGACGACCUGGUUUUAGCAGAGAAGUACCUUCGUCGCUUCUACGGUCUUCCUGUUGGUUACCAAGGCAGGAAAACAUUGUCAGGUGCCUUCGAGACCAAGGUCAAGGAAAUGCAAAGAUUCUUUAAGCUAGAGGUAACAGGGAAUCUGGAUGACAACACUUUGGAUUUGAUGAAGCAGGCCAGAUGUGGAGUACCAGAUGUGGGCGAGUACAACCACUUCCCUCGACACCUAAAAUGGAAGAGCAACAAGGUGACAUUCAGGAUUUUGAACUACACACCGGAUCUAAAGAGAUCUGACGUGGACAGGGCUAUCCGCAGUGCGCUGAACGUUUGGGCUUCCGUCACCCCUCUGACUUUUCAAAAGCUGCACGAAGGCAUCGCUGACAUCAUGAUAAGCUUCGGAUCAAAAGAGCAUGGAGACUACAACCCCUUUGACGGGCCUGAUGGACUCCUGGCUCAUGCUUACCCGCCAGGGCAAGGGAUCGGAGGAGACACUCACUUUGACGAGGACGAGCACUGGUCCAAAGACUCUUCAGCUUACAACCUGUUCAUAGUGGCGGCCCAUGAGUUGGGUCACGCCCUCGGCAUGUCCCAUUCCUCAGACGCCGGUGCCCUGAUGUACCCCGUCUACUCCUACAGCACAGGCUUCCCUCUGUCUGAAGAUGACAUUGAAGGCAUUCAAGCUCUAUAUGGUUCAAACCCAGACUCAAAGAAAGUGAAGCCGAAGCCUGAUGCACCAGAGAAAUGUGACCCCAUGCUGAGUUUUGAUGCUGCCACUGAGCUAAGAGGAGAAACCAUCAUUUUCAAAGACAGUUUCUACUGGCGGAUCCAUCCUCAGAUGGUGGAACCCGAACAGACACUGAUCAAAUCAACAUGGCCCUCCCUCCCUAAUAAGGUUGAUGCAGCUUAUGAGAACCCAGAGAAGGAUUUAGUCAUCAUUUUCAGUGGGAUCCGAAUGUGGGCUUUGAAUGGAUACAACCUUGUGGAUGGGUACCCGAAGUACAUACACAGACUCGGUCUUCCUAAGACCGUCAGGAAAAUAGACGCAGCUGUGCACAUAAAGGACACCGGCAAGACUCUGCUCUUUGUUGAUGAAGAAUACUGGAGCUACGAUGAAGAAAAGAGCACCAUGGACAGUGGCUUCCCACGGUCCAUUGAGGAAGACUUUCCAGGAAUGGAUGAUGAAGUCGACGCUGCCGCUUUUCACCACGGAUUCUUGUAUUUCUUUCAUGAACACGUUCGGUAUGAGUACAGUUACAGCGCAAGGAAGGUCCUUCGAAUCUUGAGGGUUAAUUCCAUUUUUAACUGCUGAGGAGGACGGCGGCUCCUGUCACCCGUGACCUCCCGGAACCUCAUUUGAAUAUAGCUGGCUAUAUGUGAUACAUUGUGAUGAGCCUCACAUAUCCAGACAAGUUGUGAUGUGACAAAAUGCAAUUCAGUUGCAAGCAGCAAAAUGGACAGAUACAGGGAUGAUUCAAAUAUCUGUGUAUUGUUUCUCGUGCUGGACACAAAAUGCUUAAACGUUUCCCCUGAAGUAUAUGAUCCUGUACUACAUCUAUUUAUUUUACAAGUUUAGAUUUGCACUAAAGUUCUACAAAAGACACUCAUUGCGAAGCCUGAUGAUAUUUUUACCACCUUUAGAUUUUUGUCAAUACCAACAAUAACCUAAUUGUUUCAAUCUUUUGUUAAAAAAGUAAGUGUUAGGGCAUAUAAUUGGACUAACAUUCUUUUGAACACAAGUGUAAAAGAAUACUGGGCAAUUUUCUUUCAAAAUGAUGUCAUUAAAUAUGUAAAAAGCUAUAAAAUAUUAAUGACCAAUUCUAUUUCAAUGCAAAUGGAACGCAAUAACUGUUGCUUUUAAAGUUUUGCAUUUUUAAUGUGGCGGGCAUUACUUUACAUCAAUAAAAUCUAUUACAUGUGUGGAGGUAAUGAGAGGAUUUGAAAAAUCAAUGUCAAGAGGAAUAGUUUUUAAAGACUAAAUUUCUUUGCAAAAUUGUUUCAGCGCUUUACUUUUUUUCGUAGAUAUAAAUGGCCUUGUAUUCUCAUAAAACUUUGGAAAGUAUUUAUUAAAUAAAGUUACUGCCA